CAUGUCAGCUACCUGUCAGAUGAGUAACUAUUGCUGAAGCAUUUGACCAGGAUACCACAGCCAAUCCAGGAACCGUUCAUCCAAGAGAAUAGACUUGCUGAAAGAAUCAUGUUUAAAUUUAUAUUACAGAAUUAGCUGAAUGCCCCUAGAGAUUUGUCAUGUUGACUUUUUUCUUGGUUACUAUUGGUUAAGAUCGACUCACCCCGCCUAAUAUAUAUUUAUAACUUUCUUGGUCCAAGAACUACAUAAACAACUUUGACAGACGAAGGCUUGUCUAGUAGUGACACUUCUCAUUUUGAUGCAAAUCUCUAAUCCAGCGCUGAUAAAAAUGAGGAAAACUGCACUUUCUGCACUCCUGCUUUUUAGAAUUCACUCCAUAUUUGCAUGUGGAAUAUAUGAUCUGGUUUUGCAGUGACCCACUCCCUUCGGUAUGUCUUCACUGGCACGUCAGGGAUCCCAGACUUCCCAGAGUUUGUGGGUGUGGGGUUGGUGGAUGGGGAGCCCAUCGAUUACUAUGACAGCAGAAUAGGCAGAAUGACCCCCCGUCAGGACUGGAUGACGAAGGCUGUGGAUGCUGAUUACUGGGACAGGGAGACUCAGCAUCUUCGUGGUGGAGAGCAGGUGUUCAGAACCAACAUAGAAGUGGCAAAGCAGCGUUUUAACCAGACAGGAGGCAUACACACGGCCCAGAUGAUGUACGGCUGUGAGCUGGAUGAUGACGGCACCAUUCGGGGGUUCAAUCUGCAGGGGUACGACGGGGAGGAUUUCAUCAGCCUGGAUCUGAACACUCUCACCUGGACGGCGGCCAACCAGAAGGCUGUUAUAACCAAGCAGACGUGGGACCUUAAGCAUCAGCAUAUUCAAGGCUGGAAGAAUUACCUACAGAUCACAUGCAUCGACUGGCUGAAUAAGUAUCUGGACCAUGGCAGAGACACCCUGCAGAAGAAAGUCCCCCCAGUCGUGUCUCUCCUCCACAGAGAUGACUCCUCUCCUGUGAUCUGCCAUGCCACCGGCUUCUCCCCCAGCGGUGUGGUGAUGUUCUGGCAGAAGGAUAGGCUCGAGCUCCACGACGAUGUGACGGUGGGUGAGACGGUUCCCAACGGCGACGGGACCUUUCAGAAGAGAAUCAGCCUGACAGUGUUGCCUGAGGACCUGCGGGGGCACGUGUACACCUGCACUGUCCAGCACAUCAGCGACAAUCAUGACAUCGUCAAGACGGUGAUGGAGAAAGAGAUACUGAGCAACAGCAAUUCCGGCCAUCCCCUUACCCUCAUCAGCGUCUAUCUUUCGGUCUCUCUUCUUGUGGUGGCUAUUGGCAUUGGUGCAUUUCUGGUCUGGAGGAAGAGGAGUAACUCUGGCUUUGUUCCAGCUAAAAGUAAAAUUUACAUGCAAAAACUGUCCACUUAUUGACGCCAUUUUAAUAAUAAUAAUAAUACUCUGGAUGUUGCCACAUUUUUCCCUCUGUUGUAUCCGAUGACGAUGAUGAUGAUGACAACCAUGACAAUGAUGACGAAGUUGACGAUUACGAUGAUGAUGAUGAUCAUGGCCCCAUUCAGCCCAGAUAGACUUCACCACAAAAAAUGAGGGAUGUCUAAGCUGAGUAAUUAGCAAAUUAUUUUAAAUUUGAGUUUGUAGCAAACCAAUGUAAAAUAAAUGUGUAAAUUUUGCAUUAUGCAAAUAAUUCUGAGUUACCUGGGGUACUAAAAUGUCUGGCAAAUUUGUGAUUUCACUUUUGUAUAGCCACAUUAACUGAAAUUAAGAUUUUACAUUUCCUGAAACGGCAUUUUGUUUUAUUCUUGAAAUAAUGUAAUAAAAUUAACGUAUACCUUU